AUGCUCUCAACCAGCGCGUCGGGGGGGGCCGGGGGGGAGGUCAUCACGGGCGGGGCAGAGGUGCGGGACGGGGACGCGGAGAGCCGGGGCGAUGGGCGGGGCGCGGGGGCGGGGUGCCCGGUGUGCCAGAACUGCCACACGUCGACGACGCCGCUGUGGCGGCGGGACGAGCACGGGGCGGUGCUGUGCAACGCGUGCGGGCUGUUUCUGAAGCUGCACGGGCGGCCGCGGCCGAUCAGCCUGAAGACGGACGUCAUCAAGUCGCGCAACCGCAAGGCGGGGCACGAGGAGAAGCGGCGGCGCGAGGGCGGGGAGGGCAGCGGGCCUGCCGAGCGCAAGCGCGGGCGGGCGGAGCCGGGGGCACUGCCGCAGCUGGCGCAGCUGCUGAACGGCGUGCCGGAAGCAGAGCCGCCGACAGACGCGCGGCCGGGGUCUGCGCUGCACGGGCCAGGGCCGGCGCGCGGGCCGGCGUACAAGUCGCCGAUCAACAUGCUGCUGAACGACAAGCCGCAGGACGCGGGCUUCCAGCCCGCGGCGUCGCCGGCGGCGUCGGUGCUGCGCGCGCCGUCGCUGACGCCGGUGCCCGCGGCGCCGGCGUACCACGCCUUCUCGCCGCGCUCGCAGCCGCCGUCGCAGGACCACACGGCCUAUCUGCACGCGGGCCUGCUGCACCCGCAGGGCCUGCGCGACGGCGCGCCGUUCGCGCCCGCGGACAUCGCGAGCUACUCGUCGUCGGCGCAGAUCAUAAAGCCGGCGCCGGACACCGCGACCCCGCUGUCGCAGGUGCUGCACUCCCAGGAAGAAGUCAUCCGUCUGAAGACGCGCAUCAACGAGCUCGAACUGAUAAAUGACCUGUACAAGAGACACAUUUUCGAGCUCAACGACCGGUGCAAGAUGCUGGAGAUGAAGCACCAGCUGCAGAAGUAG